AUGGCCACACGCAGCUUGACCCUUGCCGGCCUUCUGGCGGCGGCUCGUGCAUCCGCCCACAUGUCAGUUUUCGUGCAGCACGACGCCAUGUAUCUACUGCCAGCAUCUCGUGGCCUACCAUGCUCGAAUGAUGGCGGCACGAGCUGUCCAAAGGCCGGAGACAUCGCGUCGGCUGGCUGUCAGCCAUACCUGCUGUCCUACAAUGGAUUGGUGUGCGUUGCUCCUGUCGACGCUCAGUGCAUUGAGGUGGUCGAGGAUACGUGGGCGUGCACGUUUCCUCAGACGGCGUCCACUUCUGUCAACGAGGCUAACACCAUCGCAGCGUACAGUGACGAUGAUGGUGACGAUGACGAGGCACUUAGUAAGGUGCUCCGUGUUCUUUGCGAUGUCACUUCGGGUAAAGGUACCUACCAAACAUCGGCAUACGACUGCGAAAGGAUCGCGAGUGCUACAGCAUACCCUAGUAACUAUGCAGCUGCUAAAGACAGCGGUACAGCCAGUAUGUACGAUCAGAGUGCAACCCAGGCGAUUCAAAAUGGGGGGUACACCGGUGGCUCCGUGACUCCGACCUAUGGGUUUCCAGUAGGUGGCUUCUCAGCUGACGAGGUUUAUCCGGCUGACAUAGACGACUUGAUCGAAGACGUCGACUCAAUUGAUGAGACCUACCCUACUCACCAUGUCAACGAUGGCUUCCGACCCUAUAUUCCAUCAAUUCGACCUGAUGCUUACGAUCUCAAGGGAGGACUGCCCCUGGUCGACCCGAUACAAAUGAUCCCUGAUGCUUUCACAGGUGUACCUGAUUCGUAUUUGACAGUGAUUCCUGACAUUUUGACACGGAUCCCCGAUGUCCUGACGAUGAUCCCAGAUACUUUGACACGGAUCCCCGAUGUCCUGACGGUGGUCCCCGAUAUUUUGACACGGAUCCCCGAUGUCCUGACGGUGAUCCCUGACAUAUUGCCUGCCAUUCCUGAUGUCCCUAUUCCCACGGUGGUCACGGACAUUGUACCGGCAGUUUCAGACAUCUUCACGGCUGCGCCCGACAUCUUUACGCUGGCACCUACCAUUCCGGUGAUACCGAUCGUUGCGCCAGCGCCUUUGGCACCAAUUACCUUCCCACGCUUCCCGAGACGCAUGAGGUCCUUAAGUGAAUAG